AAUUUAUACUUAAAUUUAUUUUCAUAUUUAUCUCUACAACAACAAAGUUGAAAUGAAACAAUCAAAGUAAAUUCAUUAUAUCAAUAUAAAAAGGCAACUAAAAAUGAAAAAAAAAACUUACUUUUUCCCUUUUCAAAUAGAAACAUUAAUGUUCUGUUGAAAUCAGUACUAAAUUUUUAUAGUUUUAGUGUAGUACACCGUUCUAGAGAGAAAAUGAUAUUGGUGUUACAAAUAUCUUAACCAUGGCUAUGUACAUUUUUGUAGCCAAAUUCCUUGUUAGAUUUUAUAGCCAAAUAGGCAGAAAACCAGUCCUUGAAACUGUCACUAGUAAGCAAUGAAACAAUUUGUACCUCGUUGCUAUAUAUCAUCUGUAUAUUUAUUCUUGCUACUAUGUUGCUAGUUGGCUUUAAACAUGAUCAGUUCGUUGUUAAACACUCGCCGAGUGGGAGAGGCCCCUCAGUCCCCUACUAGACUCAUCAUAGAGUUUCGGAUAAACUGAUUUGAAAUAGAAUAUCUUCCUUGAGAAGGAAAGUGGAUAGCAAACAUGAAAAGGCCAUGGAAAUGUGGUUUGGAAGCUGAUGAUUGUUUCAUUUUUUUCUUCUCUUUUUUCCAUAUAGACUUUUUCUUUUAAUUUAUAAAUAGCAUUAGGUUCUACAAAAGUUUUUGAAGUGAAUAAAUUUAAAAUUCUUUCGAAAAAAAAAACAGAUGUCUUAACCCAUUCUGACAUUCAAGUUUCUACAGGAUUAAUAAAAGUCGUCACCAAGACAUUUCUUUACAUGAUUAACGGUAAUCUGUAUUGAUAAAAGAUGAAUAAUUAAUUGUUAAUCGCAUUAGAAACAAAAUAAAUGGAACUUCACAUAGGCUUAAUAGUUCGCUUUUUCAGGAAGAAUAAAACUUGGAUCAUACUACUAAAAAAGUUAAGAGAUGUGUGACAAAGUAGUUGAUUUCCCUUUAAGACAAGAGAAAAUAAGCAGAUGAUGGAGAUUAAGAUUAAUGCUUUGUAAACCGAGUCUCCAAAUUCAGAGCAAUCAAGGAGAUACAAGUAUUCCCAUGUAUAUGCAACGAAUUGCCUAUAUCCAGUUUAUCUAUUUAUCAUUAAUGUUUAUCUAGCUAGGCGUGAAAGUUAGAUAAGAUCUCUUCUAAUCCAAAUAAAUACUCUAUUAUCUCAUUUUAAAAGAGACAUCAAACAGCCCACAUGGAUGUAGUCAAAGUGUUUAUUGUGUAUUAUACGUAAAGAGACAUUUAUAUUAUUAUGUACAGUAGUUGCAUGCACGUAGGUUUCGUCGAGAUUAUCAAUACAAUAGUUUUAACCAUGACUCAUUGGGAAAAAUCAUUAGAAUAGGAAGUGAAACCUUAUAAUAACUAAUUAAACAUGUGUAUAAUUUCGUCUUGAGUUAUUAUAAAAUUAAAUGGGAGUCUUUCGUCCAAUGCGCUACCUUAUACUAAUUCAUCUCGAGAUCACAAUUUCUUCUUCUUAUGUGUGAAAAAUUUGAUCGUGAACCCACGAUACUCCACGGACGACGGUCACAUAUCUUAUAACUGUGGAUUAAAUUUAACAUUCAUUGAUUGUAUAUUGCAUAGUAUAGUAGUAUAAAUACCCCCCUACUUGCCUCAGUAAGAAACCAUCAAACUCAGAGCAAAAUGAAGAGUUUACUACUUCUCUUACUCAACUUUUUGUUUCUUUUAUCAUUUUCUUCAGCCGAGCAAUGUGGUCGACAAGCGGGAGGUGCUCUCUGCCCCAACAAUCUAUGCUGCAGCGAGUACGGAUGGUGCGGUUCCACCGAAGCUUACUGUGCGCUGCCUGGCUGCCAAAGCCAGUGCACUCCCAGUGGUCCUCCUCCUCCUGGUCCUCCUCCUCCUGAUCCCACCGGCGGUCUUACUGAUAUCAUUACAAGAUCUCAGUUCGAUGACAUGCUUAAACAUAGGAACGAUGCCGCUUGUCCCGCUAGAGGUUUCUACACUUAUGAUGCCUUUAUCACCGCCGCUAAAUAUUUCCCAAGCUUCUGCAACAAUGGAGACACUGUCGCAAGGAAGAAAGAGCUCUCCGCCUUCUUUGGUCAGACUUCCCACGAAACCACCGGUGGGUGGCCAACAGCACCAGACGGACCAUAUGCAUGGGGAUACUGUUUCAAGGAAGAGGUGAGUCCUUCUUCAGACUACUGUCAACCGAGCGGACAGUGGCCAUGUGUACCAGGCAAACGUUACUACGGAAGAGGACCUAUGCAGCUGUCAUGGAACUACAACUACGGACAGUGUGGAGCAGCCAUUGGAGAAGACUUACUCAACAACCCUGACCUUGUCUCCAACGACCCAGUGAUCUCUUUCAAAGCCGCGAUUUGGUUCUGGAUGACUCCUCAGUCUCCGAAACCUUCAUGCCAUGCCGUGAUCAACGGCCAGUGGCAGCCUUCACCCGCAGACAUUGCGGCCGGGAGAGUACCGGGGUACGGUGUGACAACAAAUAUCAUUAACGGUGGAUUAGAGUGUGGACAUGGCCCAGACACAAGAGUCUAUGAUAGGAUUGGGUUUUAUCAGAGGUACUGUGGCAUCUUUGGAGUGAAUACUGGAGAUAACCUUGACUGUUACAACCAAAGGUCCUUUGCUUCUUUUAAAUCCUUUCUCGACGCUGCUAUGUAAUAGCAGCAGGUAACCUUAAUUGAUAGGUUACAAUCAAAGGUCCUUUGCUUCUGUUAACUCCUUCCUCGACGCUGCUAUGUAAUAGCAGCAGCUUUGUAUCUGAAAACAAUAAGGGAAUACCCAACUAAAUAAAACGGAGGAGAUAUAUUUGCGAUGUUUGCUAUACUAUAUGAAAGUUGAAAUGGGCUUUAAAAUGGGCCUCAAUAGACAAAUCAGGAUAGAUUUUUAUGGUCGGUUUCAAGUGCCGACAGGUUUCGCAUAACGUGUCGCUAUCUCCAAACAUCGUUUUCGAGUGAAACUGAAACCUUAGCGUAGUGUAUAUAGUAUAAGGUUUGGAUACAGUUACCGGUUAGAUCGAAUUAAACCGGUCCAAAACUCUAAUAGCCACCUUUUUCUUAUGAAUUACAAGACCAAAUUCAAAAUCGAACCAGAUCUGAACAUUAAUUAUAGAAUUAUACAAAUACUUUCACCCGAAAUUUAAAUAUGAACUAAAAUUAAAACUGUACCAACUAAACCAAACCGUAUCCCAAACCGUAAUUUUGACAUUUCGACGACUGAAAAAA